AUGUACCAUUUAUUGAAAAAUGCAUUGAACUUCGAUAACUUUAAGAAUAUCAGACUUGAUUUAAUUAGCAAAGUAAAAACACCUGAUCACUUUGAUGCACAUGAGGAAAAUGAAGUACUUAAUUUUUUAAAAGAUAGAGAAGUUACUUCUGAAGGUUUGAAGUUGAGUACAAAUAGGAAUUGCGAAAAUAUAUUUACAGUUGAAAAAAAAUUAAAACAUAUUAAUAGUUUGAAACGUGUUUUAAAUGAAAUAACAAAAUUAAGGCAUGACGAGAAAUCAGCGUUAAACAAGAGUAGAGGAGAAAUCAAAAUAACUCACGAAAGAGAUAUGGAUGAUUCUUCAUUUUUAGAAAAUAUGAAUAAUGAUAAUUAUGAUAAUGGAAAAAUGGAAAUCUUCAACAACUUUGUUAUGCAAGAAGGAAAGAACAAAAAAGGGCUUUCUAUUAAUAUGUUCUGUAAAACUUUGUCCAAAAGGAUAGAUAAAAGAAGACUUAAAAAUAGUAAAUUUUUUAAAAGUCUUAUUAUUAAGUACGUUUCAGAGAUGAAUAAAAAUGAUUCUAAAUGUACGCAAAUAAAUAAGUUUAAUAUAAUAAACAAGUUAAAUGUUUGUCUUGGCUAUGAUAAAAAGUGCACUAAUGCAAAGGAUGAUGAUGAUAACAUUAAAAAAUUAACGAUUCAUUUAAAAAGGAUAAGUAAUUAUAAGUGUAUAUUAAAAAAGAAUUUGAAUUUAAUAAAAAGAAAAAAAAAAAUCAAAAGAUUUGUAAAAGAUUUUUACAACAGGAAAAAUGAUGAUAGCAAUCAACUUAAAAGCAAUAUCAAAGGAACACAUUUUAUAGAAGAUGAAUUAUACUUAAAAAACAAAAACGUUAUUAAAAAAGAAUAUAGUUAUUUUAAGCAUAAUAACAAAAACGUCUUUGAAAUAUUACCUAUAAUUGUCAACCAAUUUCAGAAAGAGGAGUAUUCUAACAGAAAUAUCAUUAGUAUAACUGAAAAAAAAAAUUGUCUACAACAUUCUAUAGACAAAAAGGAAAUAAACAAGAACACGCAUAAUGGACUUAACAAAAUUGAGAACUUGUUUGAGGAAACACCUGCAGAUGAAAAAGUUAAUAAUAUAUCCGAAGAGGGAAACAGAAACAAUUUUUUAAAAUUUCACAUAUGCGCUUACACUAAAAAAGGAGAUAUAACGAAUGACAAAAUUAAUGAGUUGAAGAAGGGUAAAGGAUACCUAGUAAUUAAUAAUUUCGGUAAUAUAAAUAAAAGUGCAUCUAGUUUGAAAAACGUAAAUUUGAGUAUGAUCAGGAGAAUGAGCACUAAUAAUCAGUGUAAGAACAAAAAAGAAAUUAAAAUAAAUAAAGAUCGUCAUUUUCAUUUUUUUAGUAAUAAUAUUAAUUAUUAUGAAACGGUGAUUAAUAAAGAAAAACAUAAAGAGGAAAACUCAAAAAAAGACAACUGUUUUUCUAGUAACAAUGUAACACACAAUAAAGAUAUGAAUGAAAUCAAACAAAAAAUUAAAACAGCACUAAUCAGUUUGAACAAUAUUAAAAAGAAUAAUUAUAAAUUAAAAUUUUGUCUUGAAAAAGAAAUUAUAGAUAAUACAAUUCAUCAUAAUGAGCUAAAAAAAAGUAUAUACUCUCUUUUUAAUGGAAAUAACUUACAAAGAAAAAACGUUCAAGUGAACCAAGGUAGUCAAAAUGAAAAUGUCGAAUCAAACAAAAGGAACAAACAAAGUGGUGAUACAAAUAAUGGGAAAAUGGUUAAAAAACAAGAUAAGGAGGGAGAUGUACAAAAGGAUAACAUUAAUAAAAUUGCAAAUGAAAUUUUCCCAAAAAAAAAAGUUGCUCUGGACAAAACAAAGUUUAAACUUAACAGAAAUGUUCAGCAUUUUUACAAUGAUAUUAAUUUAAAAAAAAAAGAAAAGACACCCCUUUCCUCCAGUGAAACAGAAGUAAAAUUCGAACAUAGCACUAUCACAGAUAAUACUACUAAAAGAAAGACGAAGUUAGUGAGCAGUAUACAGACAAAAAGGAAUAUUUUUAAAGAACCAAAGGAUCACCAACCUGUGGAAUUACCAUAUGCAAAUGUAAAAAAGGAACAACAUAUGAACCAAACAUCCGUGAAAUUGAAGAAAUACAUAUCUAUUUUAAAUAGCAUUAAAUUAAAUGAAAACAAAUGUCAUUAUAAGAGUUUAGAAGAUAAAGAGAAAAUUGAUAUUAUUAAUAGUACAGAAAAGGCAUAUAACUACAACUUCCAUAUUGUUCAAAAUAAAAAUAAUACUCUGAAAAAUUCAGAAAAAGACAAAUUGUAUUGUACUGAUGAUAUAUCAAAUAAUACUUUUUUAAAUAACUUCAAAAUUAAUUUUAAUAAGGGUACGGAAAAUAAUUCAAACAAUUUCGUUAAAUCAAAAUUAAAAGCAUUUUACAAAAAAAAAGAAUAUUAUAAUAGUGAAGAUAAAUAUGUAAAUAAUGUGAAACAAAUGAAAGAACAUUUUGAGGAGAAUAAUGGGUAUGAUGAAAAAACAAAAACGUCUGCAAAGAAAUAUUGGAGUUGUGAAAAGAAAGAAAAUAUAUUUGUAAAUAAUAUAAAUUUUAAUAACGAUUGUUAUAUAAAUAAAACACAUAAUGCAAAUACUUUUUAUAAUAACAAAUUUGUUGAUGAUAAAAAAAUACAUAAUGAUGGCAGUUCCAAUAUUUUUAUGAAAAAAUCUGUUGGAUUACAACAAUUUGUUUUAAUUAACAGAGAAAAGAAAAAAGAAGAUUCUCAUUUAAAAAGUGUAAGAAAUAUUAAAAAAAUAAUAAAUUCUGAAAUAUACGUAAACAAGCGGUUUGAAAAAAUAAAUAAAAGAAAUAAAAUUGCAAUAAAUAUAAUUGAAAAUUAUCUAGAUAAUAAAAAUAGGACAUCUUUAGUUUUUCAAAAGGAAAGGGAAAGAAACACAUAUUUGCAGGCAAACUGUAGACUUGAAAACUCCGGUCAAAAGAAACAAGUUCACUUUUUACCAGGUUUAUAUGAUCAUUAUGCAUUUUUACUCCUUAGCUUAAAAAAUUGCAAUGUCAGGUGA